AUGCAUCUUCCAUGGCCUGUCAUUGUGCUUAUUAGCAACAAUAGAGACUCUUACAAUACUUUGGUUUCUGAGGCUGUUAGUCUUUUGGGUCCAGCAACAUUCGUCGCGUCAAAGCUCAAAGUUGAAUUUAUAGGAGAAGAGUUCAAUAAUUAUGUAGGAAUCAUCCCAAGAACUUACAUCCUAUCACAUUGUGACUUCACAGCUAACCUGACCUUAACGAUCUCCAAUGUCAUCAACCUCGAUCAGUUGAAAGGAUGGUACAGCAAGGAUGACGUGGUUGCAGAAUGGAAACGGGUGAAUGGUGAAAUGUGCCUACAUAUUCAUUGCUAUGUGAGCGGUCCCAAUCUCAUGCUGGACCUGGCCGCAGAGUUCAGAUAUCACAUAUUUUCCAAAGAAAUGCCUUUGGUACUCAAAGCUGUGUUACAUGGAGACUCUCUACUUUUCAGAGAGCAUCCUGAGCUAUUGGAUGCCAUGGUUCGGGUUUAUUUUCAUUCCAAUUUGAAGAAAUACAAUAGAAUUGAAUGCUGGGGGCCUCUCAAGGAUGCUGUAGAGGGAAGACAAGGGGAUAAUACCAAAGGAAUAACUGCACAUAUGGAUUCUUCCCAUCCCGGAGACAAGCAGGGAACGCCAAAAUCCAUAUUUCAAGUUCUAUUUGCAUUGCUUCUUUGA